UUUUAUAUAUCUGAAACACGUGAUACAUUCGAGAAAAAAAUAACUAACCAUCAUGAGUAUAUUGAGUACCCGAAGAACGGAACAGAGCGGUCGCCGUAGUACUCGAAAAUCUGUAGCUGCCACAACAUCGCGGACCUACGAAAUUUACUGCGUCAAUUUCUAUGACAACGGUUUGCGUGCGGUGCGAAAUGAAUAUAUCAAUCAGAUCAAGCUUGGGCUGCGACAAUUUCUGUUUGUCAUCGAUCUGGAUACUGAAUUGGAGAACAAUCGCUUGGCCAACCGGAAAAAGAUUCGCACCAGUGGCAAGUCAAGGCAAUCAGAUUUUUUGCCCACCGAUCCCAUGACCCAUACGAUGAUACGUAUUCAGAAUUGCCUGAGUGAAUAUGAUUUUAUAACCCGAAAGAUUGAAUCGGAGCUGAGCUUCAAUAUGCUCAAGUACUAUCAGAAGAAUAUGCCUGCUCAGCUAAAGAUAAUUGGGAAAAAAGAUGCGGCAGGCGAUACGAAACGUCCUGCCAAGCACAAGGACACCGAUACCAUUUCAGUGGCCAAAAUAGCGUGCUUUAGUGUCACAGCCAAAGAACACCACAAAGUGGGCAAGGGUAAGCCGCUAUCGAAGCGUCAGUACAUCAAAGAUGCUCCGCUUAAUACGACAAUACUCAUUGUCAUCGUUGGUUCUAUGAAAAACGAAUUCUACAGGACUCUGCUCAAUUUAAAUCAACCGUUGCGUGGAGUUGUGCACUUUUUACCCAAGGAGAGUACCUAUGACUUGCUGGUGCCACGUCCACGCCUCGAGAAACAACGACGUGAUGACCUCGCGGCUAUUCAGGCCGAUAUCUAUGGGCUACGCAAACGGGUGAAGAGCAAGCCCGUAGGCAUCGUACAGCAGCAGUUGCCGCAGAUGUCCAUGUGCCAGGCGACUAGGUAUUCGUCGAGUAUUUUUGAUCAGCUCACUUGGUUUCUGUACGAUAUGCAAAUGUUGCGGCAACAAUAUGAGGAAUACUAUGUGAAACCAUAUUGCGAGAUCAAUGUCAAGAUGAGCCCGAGCGCCAACAUGCUGGAAAGCUUUCAAAUGGUCGAGUCGCUGAGCAUCCAGGGGCACUAUCUAAAGUCCGAGAUGCCGGCUGUGCACGAUGAUGAUGCAUCGAUCUAUUUAUACGUGGAAUCAUUGAUGUGCACAUUCGGCAAUCCGCGAGAUUUGAUGACCGAAAUGGAGGUCCUGAUGCUAGCGAGUCCCUCAUCCACUUUAUAUACCAAAACGCUGGAGAAAAUCAAAACCUAUGCAAAUGCCUUCAAGAGCAUUAUUAAGCUGUUAAAAAGCGAACGUCUGUUUGUGGAGCAGGCAAAUACGCUGCUCGUGAACAUAGUCUCCUAUAUGAAUCAGGAGCACAUGCGAAAUAUCUACCAUGCGUGCCUGGAAUACAAUGUGCUGCGACGCUAUUUCAGCACGGGCUAUAUCACAGAGAAGUUGUACUAUACGCCAUAUGUCGCCGAUAGGGAUCCCAUGAAUUUGCCCAAAUUUGCCAAGCUAUAUUUGACCGACGAUUCAGUUUCUCAACGCAUUAUACAAUUGAUCAAUGAGUAUGAGAACUAUAACAUCGAGGAGAUUUAUCCGAAUAUAAAGCUCUUUACGUUUAAGCGAGCCCUGAACGAAGUCUUCGAGCACGAGAAGCAAUUGGUUAUACCGACACGUCUUUGUUUUCGCGACUUUACGCUCUAUGAGAUGGAAGAUUUCCUCAAGGAUUUGGUCACACCGCAGAUGUUUGAAACAGCGAUCGAGGUGAAAGUAGAUCCGUUGUCCGAUUACCCCAGUAACUUCACCCUGGACACUGGCAGUGAAUUGGAAGAAAAUGGUUCCACUUCGUUUAGUUGUCCACCACGGAAACGUUAUAGCAUAAUUCAGCCGAACGUGUUCAUUCGCCCCAAAUCGCUGAAGGCCCAAAAAGUGGUUCAGAAAAGAAAGGAUGUGGACAGCAAAGACACCGACAAGUCGCCACGAACAUCCCGAUUUCGGAGCAAGGAAAGUUUUCGUAUAUCGAGCAAAUCAAUACGUGCUUCCACUUUGCGAAAUAGUCUCUUUCACAAAGAAUCCCCCAAUCCGGAAUUAUUAAGCCAUAGGCCAACUUUUAUUGGCCUGGGACCGGAUCAUCCGAUGCUCAAGGGUUACAAUUUGGAUGAUGCGCGACAAACGAUCAAUGCGAAAACCUCCAAAUAUUACUUUGAAGAGGGUCUAAUAUCACUCUAUGAAGAGAAAUGGAACUUUCGGCAGAUGAACAAAUGUCUGUCCAUUGAGAUAGACAAGCAAAUAUUGCAUCUUAACAACGAACCGGGCAAAAUUGACAGUGUUUCGCCAAAUAUACGUUUACAAACACCAAAUGGCAUUGCCCUGCGAUUGAAUGCCAGAAGUACUGAAUGCGCCAAGGCGGUGCUUAACUAUCCAAAUGGCUUAACCCUCUACUACCACGAUACCCAUGUCGAGAAUUUGUGGUCAGGUCAGCAGAGUACGCUGAACGAAAGUCGGCGCGUUAAUACACCCUACGGCUGUGUUAUCGUUUACUUUAACAACAGUGAUAUGGUGCAGAUAAUGCGCUAUAACGGCGAGGUCUAUCGAUUAUAUAGCACUCCGGAUGUGCCGGAAGAGGAGGAGGGCGGAAUGGAAGAUGAUCCGAGCUUUAUAAAUGCCUGCUCCACACAAUCCACGUACAGCAGCUACAAGCCAUUGAACAAGUGUGAGGUGAAAAAAUUUCGUACUCGCAAGCGAACAUCUUUAACGAAUCGCACUCAAGGUGGAUCCGAUGUGCUUUUCAAGGGACAACGUUCACAGGACAGUUCCACCUCAUCCGAAACGCUAGCCGCACGCGCCGCCAAACUGGAGGCUCGACAACUGAAAUUAAACCAGUCGGCAGCUUUGUUUGCCAGCAUUGAUGCAGAGAUUAAGUAUUUGGAAUUGAUUAUGAGUCUAUUCAAUUUGACAUUUGUACAUCUGAAGCUAACCACGUCGCUGGGCAGCGUGGUGCAUGUGCAGGGCCAUGAGAUACGGUGCGGCAAGCCGAUUAGGGUUACGGAAUGGCAUGAUUAUUUUGUCAACGAGAGUUAUGCGAUGCGAGACGAUGGCGUGCGCAUGGUCUGGACACAUGAUUCGCUGCGUUGCUAUCAUAACGAUGGCACCUUGAUAACCACCAAAACAUCGAUUGAAUGGGAUCGGGGCAUUGUUGAAGAUGAAAUUGAUAAGCAAAUCAGCUCAAGCAGCUCACAUAUGAGGAAAACAAUUCCUAUCGAUGAGGAUACUGAUGAUAUGGGCUCCAUCUAUGUAAAUGUAUCAAAGCUGGGCAGUGGGUAUGUCGAUGAAACAAAUAACCGAGAGAGAGAACUCGCAUCUACUCCAGCAGAAAGUCAUACAGAUGAAAUGGACUUCGUACAGGAACUUGAGCCUGAGGGCGGUUAUGCAUAUGAUUAUAGCUUCGUAAUUUACCAACCAGAUGAAUAUUUUAUAGAGCAUAAGUAUUAUCCCGGCACCAAAUUCAAUUUUGAGCAUAUCACCAAGAUGGAUCUGAAGCUGGAAACGAGCAUUUUUUCCGCUGAUGACUUGCAUUUCCGUAUCUAUCAUCUGGAGCAGGACUUAAUAGGUGAUACUAUGAAUGAUAUCGAAGAGGAAACCAUUUGCGAUGACACAUCAUCCGAACCGGAUGCCGAUGAAUGGACCAAAUAUAUCGGUGGAAAAAGAACAAUGAAAUUUGCAUAUCAAAGCGUCGCCGUAUCCGUCUAUACGCCAAAUAUGCAGUUGGAGAUUUUAUUGAAUCGAAUAGAGCUUACGGCAAAUCUGCGCAGAUUUGGCUGCGAUGUAAAUGUGGAGAUUGUGCGCGAAGCGAUUCAUCUAACCGUGGACAUGCAAAAGAGUCUCACGAUCGCCUUUCAGCGUUGGAUCGAAGAUUUUCACACGUUUAUCAGAUGCGCCUGUCCCAAAUGGCGCACCAUUUACUUUGUGGAGGCCAUUCAGGGUGAUUGCCGCAAGAAGGGUCUGGAGCUAAUGAAAUCUGUGCCGCCAUUGGGUAAAUAUAAUUUUUGUGCGGGCAAUUUCUUUAUUGAUCCCACGGAGCUGACAUCGGUGGCUAAAAAAAUGCGAAGCACGCUGAAAUGGUACCAAGAGGAUAUGUUGAAGUUUCCACGUUUUCCAGUUCACAAGAAUAAGCCAAAAAUAAUCAAAUUUGCUACUGUGCUGAGCACCCAAAUCUUUCUGGAAAUACCCGCCCAGCUGGCCUACACAGAUCGCAUACACCAGUUCCUCGAUCCAUUUGAUAAGAUCAAGUUUCGAAAGCUCAAGCAUCGAUUCAGCGAUGCGCUCAUCUUUCAUUUGCAUCCUAUUCUACGGAGUCUCGUUCACAAGGAGAUGAGCAAUCGCAGUUGGCGCAAUCAUAUACUAGAGAAGAAGCGGCGUUUGUUCCAGGAGCAGCAGCGUCUCAGUCUCUAUGUGGCCAUGCUUCGGCAUAAGGUAUACCCGAAUUACUUUCAGUUCAGGGAUAACUAUCAUUAUCAUGUGCGUAAUAUUGAUUUCUUCGAGUUCAUGGCCUUAAAAUGUAGCGAGAAAUCGCCUCCUGAACGCGUCGAAGAGAACCAAACAGAAGCUAAGCCAGCAGAUGCGGACUUAGUGUCCACAAGCAAGGGUUCUCCCUCAUCCAAAUCUAAACGCAAAAAGUGUUUGUGUCCCAAAUACUUGAAAUCUUUGAAUUAGAAAACAAUUUGUGUUUAGCUGAGCAUCGGUAGUGUAAUAAAUAAAUGGAUAUUAAAACA